UCCCACUGUAAGCGCGUUAACACUAUGCCUGCUCUGCUUGCCUGCACUGAGACAGUGAGGAACGCUCACAUGACAAUCAGUCUUUGAUAAAAUCGCGUAAUUUUAACCGCAAUCACCGCCAUUCGGCGGGAAAAUCCUGCUUCCAAAAACCCCCCACUUUUAUUCCUGUCUUCACCUUCAACAAACACAUACGUGGCUUCAGCGCUGUGAAUCAAACAAUUCAGGUUGAAGGUGAGUACCAUUGUGCCUUUUUCAUCACCUAGUUCUGAUGGCUCGGCAGAUUUCCAAUCCACCAAUUCAUCAGAAUAUGGGGUUGGGAGCUUCACUUGCAAGGUCCUUAUCUCAGCCAACUGUUUUUGCAAACAAUUCCCUGCCUCCAUUAAGCCCUUCUCCUCACAGUGGCCCACCAAUGCCUUCAGCUAUCUAUAGCUUGAAGGAUGCAAUCAUUGAGGAUGCAGAUGGUGCUUCCCAAGGCAGAGAGAAUGUUUUGCGAGGUAGUGAUGGCCUUCCACCUCGUAAAGGCCAUCGUCGUUCCAAUAGUGAUGUUCUAUUUGGGAUCUCGGCUAGUUUUCAGUAUCCACCUCAGUUGAUGAUGCCCAUGCAUGGCCAGGGGGAUUGUCAGGGAAGAGAUGCUCCCAUUCUUCUGCAGAAACAGGAAGUGAAUGUGGGUAGUGGGGACAAGAGCCAUGCAAAGGGGAUGGGUGAAAAGAAAUUUGAGGGAGGGGUUAUACAUAACCUGUUCUCUUCAUACAUGAAUUUGGGUAAUUUAGAACCAUUUUACUCUUCUGGAAAUGAGGAUAAAAGUAAGGAUAGCAUGGUUAGUGGGACCAAGCAGAUAAGCUCUGGUGAUAAUAGCAAUGAAACAGAAAGUGGUGCUAAAAUCCACACAGCAGGUGCAGGAGAAAAAGUUAAAAGAAGUGCUGCUGGAGAUACUGUGCCUGUCACUCGACACUUCAGGAGUCUUUCAAUGGAUAGCGCUUUUCCAAAUUUGAGCUCUGUUGAUGAGUCACAAAAGUUACCCACUUCUCUGGGAAAUCAACUUGGGCAGCUUUCACCUAGCAAUUCGUUGAAUGAAAGGUUACCCAAGUUGAAUUUUGAUCUUAUAAGUGUUGAGUUUAGUGAAGCUGAGCUGAAAAAGAUUAUGGCUGACGAAAGGCUUGCUGAGGUUGCAACGACAGAUCCUAAACAGGUGAAAAGAAUAUUGGCUAAUCGUCAUUCUGCAGCUCGUUCCAAGGAGCGAAAGAUGCGGUAUAUUUCAGAGUUGGAACACAAGGUUUAUACUCUGCAAACGGAGGCAACCACAUCGUCAGCCCAAAUUACUACUUUGCAGAAAGAUAUUAGCAGGCUUAAAAGUGAGAACAAUGAAUUGCAAUUCCGCCUUCAAGCUAUGGGUCACCAGGCACAACUCAGAGAUGGUCUGCACGAGUCACUAUCUGCAGAAAUCCAGUGUCUAAAGCUUGCAAUGGGUGAGUUGAGGGAAGAGGGAAAACUCUCGAAUCAAGUGCCUCGUGAAAUUUCCCAGAAGCAUCAUAUGUUUCAGGUGCAGCGUCAGCAGCCUGGUCAAGUCCAAGUUUCCUACUGCCAAUAGGCGCAUCAAGAACAGCAUCAACGGCUUUAGUAAAACUUACACCGCCUAUCAGCAUUGUCAGUCGGAGCAAAGUUGUGGUGCUUCACGGUUACUCAACCACAUAGUAUCUGAAGAUAGUACAGUACAAGUAAAAAGCCCUUACACAGACUUCUCUAUUUAUUAUAUACGCGUGAUUCAUUCAAGUGCAAAUAAUUGCCCUUUUUCUUCAUUGAACUUGGAAGGUUUGGCAUAGUUUCUUUAGCUAUUAACAGGCAUGAUACUUUAAGAUAAGCACGACCCAUCAUUCACCCUGCUUUCGUCGCGUUCUUUAACCAUUUUGUGUGCUUGCAUCUAUCCCCAAAUGACUCUACAACUGACCCGAAAGUACACAAAACACCGAAAUCCCAACUGAAAAGAGUUAUAGUGUUAAUGUUCAUAUAUACCUUCCUGUUCUGAGCUUAGGUGAGGUGUGCAGAAUCAGACACUGUUUUUUUUUUUUUUUUUUUAGUUUCUUGGUAGAUGAAAACUUAUUAUUAUAGCA